AUGCUACAAUUUAAACUGGUUCUUUUGGGCGACUCGUCCGUCGGCAAAUCGUCAAUUGUCCAUCGCUUUGUCAAGGACUCGUUCGAUGAGUUCAGAGAAAGUACGAUAGGAGCAGCAUUCCUGUCACAGACGGUAAAGCUAGAGAAACAUCAGGACGUGACGAUCAAGUUUGAAAUUUGGGAUACUGCGGGCCAGGAGCGCUACAAGUCGCUGGCCCCUAUGUACUACAGAAAUGCGAACGCUGCACUAGUGGUAUACGACGUGACACAACCAGACUCACUGGUAAAAGCCCAGAGUUGGGUAGAAGAAUUGAAACACAAAGUGGGUGACCAAGAUCUCGUUAUAUGUCUGGUGGGCAAUAAGCUGGACUUGUGCGAGACGGACGCCAGCGCCCGACAGGUGGAUGUCGAAGACGCACAGGCAUACUCUAAAGAACAGAAACUUCUUUUCCACGAGGUCAGUGCCAAAACGGGCGCCGGUGUUGGUCAAAUUUUCCAGGAAAUCGGUGAACACGUAUACGAGCGCAAAACGGCCGAAUCUGCAGCGUCGGCCGCGGCUCAAUCUCGCAAAACUCUCAACGUGGAACUUCAGCGGCCCUCCACAAAUGACAGCACUUCCUGUUGUGCUUGA